GUUACGUCCAUUUGGGCUUACGACACUUUACGACAGGAGCCACAAUCAGCUGUACGGCAGUUAGCGACUUCCUUUCACGCGGGCACCGUUUCCGGCUUUUACUCCAAGAACACCGGUCGAUUUUUAAACCUUUCCAGAGUGUCACAACUGCCACGGUCAUGGCGAAGUUCCACGCCCCUGUGAUCCAGGACAAUCCGUCAGGAUGGGGUCCUUGUGCCAUGCCAGAGAAGUUUAAAGACAUGCCCUACCAGCCCUUCAGUAAAGGAGACCGUCUGGGAAAGGUGGCCGACUGGACAGGAGCCACUUACCAGGACAAGAGAUACACGAACAAGUAUUCCUCUCAGUUUGGUGGUGGAAGUCAGUACGCUUACUUCCAUGAGGAAGACGAGGCCAGCUUUCAGCUGGUGGACACGGCCAAGAUGCAGAAGACGGCCUACCAGAGGAACCGCAUGAGGUUUGCUCAGAGGAACCUGCGCAGGGACAAAGACCGCAGGAAUCUGACGCAGUUCAACAUGCAGACGCUUCCGAAGAGCGCCAAGCAAAAGGAGAGGGAUCGCAUGCGCCUGCAGAAGAAGUUCCAGAAGCAGUUUGGCGUCCGUCAGAAGUGGGACCAGAAAUCCCAGGCUCAGCUGAAGCCCAGAGAUUCCUCCGUGGAGGUGCGCAGCGACUGGGAGGUGAAGGAGGAAAUGGACUUCCCCAGACUCAUGAAGAUGCGAUACAUGGAAGUGGCCGAUCCCGUUGACAUCGAGUGCUGCGGGGCGUUGGAGUACUACGACAAGGCUUUCGACCGCAUCACCACUCGCAAUGAAAAGCAGCUGAAGAGCAUCAAGAGGAUCUUCCACACGGUCACCACCACCGACGACCCUGUCAUCCGCAAACUGGCAAAGACUCAAGGCAACGUGUUCGCCACCGACGCCAUCUUGGCCACGCUGAUGUGCUGCACGCGCUCCGUCAACUCCUGGGACAUCAUCGUGCAGCGAGUCGGCAACAAGCUGUUCUUUGACAAGAGAGACAACUCUGACUUUGAUCUGCUGACUGUGAGCGAGACCGCCAACGAACCACCGCAGGACGAGGGCAACUCCUUCAACUCCCCCCGUAACCUGGCGAUGGAGGCCACCUACAUCAACCACAACUUCAGCCAACAGUGCUUACGCAUGGGUGGAGAGCGCUACAAGUUCCCCAACACCAACCCCUUUGUGGAGGAGGACAUGGACAAGAGCGAGGUGGCGUCCGUCGCGUACAGGUACCGCCACUGGAAGCUGGGCGAAGACAUUGACCUGAUUGUCCGCUGUGAACACGACGGCGUGAUGACCGGCGCCAACGGAGAAGUGUCCUUCAUUAACGUCAAGACUCUCAAUGAGUGGGACUCCAGGUAUUGUAACGGCGUUGACUGGCGUCAGAAGCUAGACUCUCAGAGAGGAGCGGUUCUGGCCACCGAGCUGAAGAACAACAGCUACAAACUGGCCCGCUGGACCUGCUGCGCCAUGCUGGCCGGUUCCGAAUACCUCAAGCUGGGGUACGUUUCCCGCUACCAUGUCAAGGACUCUGCUCGUCACGUGGUCCUGGGCACCCAGCAGUUCAAGCCUAACGAGUUUGCCAGCCAGAUCAACCUGAGCAUGGAGAACGCCUGGGGCAUCCUGCGCUGCGUCAUCGACAUCUGCCGCAAGCUGGACGAGGGCAAGUACCUCAUUCUCAAGGACCCCAACAAGCAAGUCAUUCGGGUCUACAGCCUGCCUGACGGAACCUUCAGCUCUGAUGAAGAGGAGGAGGAAGAGGAGGAUGAAGAGGAUGAGGAAGAAGAAGAUGAUGAGAACUGAAACAGGGGUUCUGGUGACCAAACAAGCUGCGACACAUACACACACUCACACACACUCACACACACUUCAAAUUCAAUAAAGAGUUAAUUGGCCCCAAGCUGUCUUAUUGAAUGUUUUUG